CUCUUCCCUCUAGUUAUUGGUGGUUUUCGUCUAAUCCGUGCCCCUUACUUCUCGCGAGAAUCUGAUUACUUGAACGUGAUUUCACUGUGGCACUGGAAUUGGCCCGGUAAAGUUUGAAGUGUGUGUUUAGGGAAUGUCCUGGCUGCCCAGUCCUCAUGAACUCCUCAGACUCCUCCUCUAAGUUUGUUUGUACAGAUCUUGAAAAUUCUACUAUCCAAAAGCAAAGGAAAGAACUUCAGUUAUUGAUCGCUGAGCUUAAAGAUAGAGACAAGGAACUCAAUGAUAUGGUGUUCGUGCAUCAGAGGCAGCUGCUCGCUUGGGAGAAUGAUAGACAGCAUGUCCUCAGACUGGAACAGAAGUGUGCCAGGCUAGAAAAUGAACUUCAGAGAAGGAAUGGAAUUAUUAGAUCAAUAACCAACAGGAUAAAAUCACUAGAAGCACAGCAACAGGAUCGGAAGACAACGCUGGCGAAUACCCAACAGCAACUUCAGGAAGUGUGUCUUAAAGCUUCAGAAGCAAAUAACCAUUGUCAAGAUUUGGAGGAAAAAAAUCAAAGUUUGAAUGGUUCUGUUUUGGAGCUCUCUGCCCAGGUGGGACGAUUAAAGGCCAGAGAACAGGAGCUCUCCACUUUACUAAGGCUCAAGGACAAAGAUAUCAUAGCAGCAACCAAUCACAUAGCAGAAUUCACUUCUCGAUUCAAGGACCUGGAAGCAGCAUUACGAGACUCAAGACUCAGGGAAACUUCAGCUAUGAAAGAAAUGCAAGGGCUUAAGCCUAGAAUAAAUGGUUUAAAGACAGAACUUGAUAAACUGAAAGAUGACGUCAGCCAAAAGACUGUGGAAAACAAUGAGCAGAGGGAAGAGAUUAUUCGUCUAAAACAAGAAAGUGCAUACUUGCAGGCUGAGCUGGUCUUUGCAGCUGAAAGAGAGAAACGUAAAGAUCAACUCCUUCAGCUAGCAAAAUCAAAGCAAGACAGAACAGACAGAGAACUUCAGAACCUACGACAGAUAUACAUGAAGCAGCAGCAUGACCUGCAGUUUCUUCAACUAACUUCGGAGAGUUCCGGUGACAAAGCACAAAAGCGACUGGAUGUCAGCUGUUGUCCAUCUGGUGUCAAAUUGUAUUCUGGGGAAAAUGAUGAAUUAGCAACAAACUAUGAGAGCCCACCUUUAUGCAUGGAAGACCUAAAUAUGCCCUUAAUGCAGUCAACCCUGAAAGACUCAGAAACUCUCAGAUGCCAGUUACAUUGGAUUUAUGUGAAUGCUCUGACCCUGAAUCAUUUGGUUCACUUGUAUUCCCCAACAAAUAAAUUGCAGGACCUGUUGGCAAAGUCUCGUCAGAUGGUUACAGACCUUGAACUUGGCUCUUUGUUCUCCGACCCGUGGGGUAACUCUAGCAAAAUGCACAUAACAGAAAACUUCCUAUAUACUGAUCCUCCAGGAACUGAGAGCAGAGAAGAUAAAUGGGCAAAUUUGGACGGUUUAUGAAUUUUAUUUGAAAAUGCUUAAAGGAAAACAAUCAUUACCUCAGAAUGUUGAAGAAUGAUUCCUGGCACAGUACAACUGUACAGUAUUUUUUAUGGGAACCUGUCACAUAGAGAAAAUGCAUUUUCUGGAACUGCAGAAACAUUCUUGUCAUUUAAUAAAGCCUCAACUUCACAUACCCUGUUACAGAGAAAAAGAAUGAAUUGGAAGAUACAUAAAGUAGUUCUGUAUUGUAUUUUUGUACAUAUUUUUAAUUAAACAGCAUUUUGUGCUAAAAAAAUAUUGAGAAUGUGUUUCAAUCUGGACCUGGAAAUAAACAAUUAGACCUCAGUAUAACACAAAACUCAAUUUUUUAAGACUUGUAUGUUCUGAUAAUCUAUUUCAGAGAAGUACAGAUAAUAAAAGAUAUGUUCAUCAAAGAUCAGGAUGUGAUCCAGAGAAUGGCAAUAAGCCAGUCUUCCUGAGUAUAGUUUCUGUAUGUUGUCAUCUGUUUUGAACAACUUCAAUCUACAAGAACUGAUGCUAAAAAAAACGGAUGACAAACUGACACAAAUUGAAUACUCUUUUGUUUGUUGUUAUUUGAAAAAAAUAAAAUAUUGCAUGCACACUUUUUUGCCUGUUCAAAAAUGAAAAACAGACACAAAUUGACACGAGCUGAUACAAAAACUGGCCCUUUCAAAUUAAUGGACUAGUAUUAGCAUUAAUAUUAUUCUGUUUUCAGAAAAUCAUGAAUUGUUGGAAGAAUUUCAGUUGUUACAUGCAGCCAUUAUAGGCCGAGAGCUUUCCUUCCUUCUGCACCCUGGCAUCAUAUUGUGUGCCCUGCAUCACAGCGCAGAAGGUAUAAAAGAUGCUUGUGGAC